GUAGCAGACAAGUAAUCUGAGAUCUUAAGCAAACACUUGGACUUUAGAAACAUAAACAUGAUGUUCCCUGACAAGAGUAAUACGUCCCAAAAGUCUGUGCAGAAAAAGACAAGACCACAUGGACUUCCCUCACCGGCCUUGUGUUGUGCAUGCGGUCUCUGUAUAAUGUUAGCUGGGAUCAAUAUAACCUUAGUUGGUGCGUUUGCAUUUGGAAACUUCUUGCCUGGGAAUAAUCCUCCCAUCAUCAUUGGGCCCAUCCUGUUGGUUGUAGCGUUCACCUUCUUUGGAGCUUGUUGUAUCUGUAGCCGGAGGCCUCCAGCUCAUGGUGCAAGGAAGUCUAAACCAGGCUCCAACAUAGGUUUUAUUAAACCAGGAAAUGCAGCCUUUGAAAUAGAAACAAGUGAACAUACAGUACAGGACACCACUGCCGUCCAGCUGAGUCCGACAAAUUCACCAAUAUCCUCUAGAAAAUCUUCCCCUGUGCACGAGAAUUCUAAAAUGUGCAAACUUUUUACUAUGGAGGGCAAUGGUCCAGCUGUCAAAUUUACUGCAGGAGGGGAAUCUAUACAGCUUAAUUUACCCAGAGACCCAGUCAUCUAA